CAGAGUUUGUGUAUCCACAGAUUGUCUACUUUUGGUACAGAUACAGAUCAGGUUUUGUACAGAUUUUAAGUCAGAGCGAAAUUUAAGUGUUCCGGAAAUAUUAAACCAAAAAAAAAAAAUCGUAUUGGAAAUUCUCUCCUUUCGGUUGUAAGGUAGUAAGUUCGGUAUUUCGCGUUAAUUGAUUAUCUGAGGAAUAAAUGGCUUUCGGGAUCUCGCGUAUUUCACGUCCGGAACGCGAUAGUGUUCCCAGGACUGCCUGUGCCAUGUUGGCUCGUCGUCGAUCGGCCCCCACAUUGGCCUCUCCGCCGCCGGAAGAGGCAGUUGCUCCGCCACCCAUUGUGGUGGUCAAGCAGGAAUCCCGGGAGACGUCGGCCGGGGGCGAACUCGUGCCCGCGCGGGAAGAUGACUCCGAGGUGGAGCAGUCGUCAGCCGAGACGCCCAGGACAUUGGCUGUACGAAAGGGGGUAGCUUUGGAUGAAUUUCUGCUCUCCCUGCUGGAGUGUCCCGUCUGCUUUUGCUACAUGAUGCCGCCGAUUAUGCAGUGCUCCCGCGGCCACCUCAUCUGCACCGGCUGCCGCCAGAAGGUGGGCACUUGCCCCGUCUGCCGGGUGUCCAUGACCAACAUCCGCAGCCUGUCCAUGGAGAAGGUGGCCUCCAAGCUGGUCUUUCCCUGCAAGCACUCGGAUUUCGGCUGUCGCGCGCGGCUCUCAUAUGCGGACAAGACCAGCCACGAGCAGGACUGCGACUGUCGCCCGUACUUCUGCCCCUAUCCGGACGACAAGUGCCGCUGGCAGGGUCCGCUGAGGGAUGUGUACCAGCACCUGGUCAGCACGCACGAGAACGUCAUCACCAUGGAGGGCAACGACAUCAUCUUCCUGGCCACCAAUGUGAAUCUGGAGGGCGCCCUGGACUGGACCAUGGUGCAGUCGUGCCAUGGCAGGCACUUCCUGCUCUCACUGGAGAAGAUCAACCUGGGCGAGGGCUGCCAGCAGUACUUCACCGCCUGCCGCAUGAUCGGUUCCAUGAAGGAUGCCGCCGAGUUCGUCUAUAACAUCUCGCUGGACGCCAAUAAUCGCACCCUGCGAUGGCAGUCCAAGCCGAGGUCCAUCCGCGAGAGCUUCGUCUCGUUCACCAACGCCGACUUCCUGGUGCUCAACAAGUCCACCGUCGAACUCUUCUCGGAGGACGGCAAUCUCGCCCUGAACGUGGUCAUCCGAAAGGCUCAAGAGGACACCAGGGAGAUCGCAAACUGAGCGCACUGCAUCUUUUGUCACCCUAAGGAUUGGACCUCUCCGCCCCAGUUUAAUAGCUGUUAACGUUGUUAUUUCAUUGGUUAUGAAUAAAUAUUUUGGAUGUGCCCUGUGGGCCCUGUCAACUUCAA